CUGCCAAAAGGCCUUAUGACCAUCUACACCGGCUGCCCCCACGCUCUAAAGCAACAAGACAUAAAGAUAGCUUUGGCACGCUGCGUCACGCCGACCUAUAUAAACAAAGCUACCAGAUCAUCCUGGACCACUUUGUGCAGAUCUUCAGCAGCAUCCUCGAAAAUGUCACACAAGGUUAUCGCAUUUGUUGCUUUCUUGGCCGUAGCCCAAGCCGGAGUUAUUUCUCCCGCUCUCCCGGUCCAAGUAGACAAAGAUUACGACUCCAACCCCCAAUACAUGUUCGCAUACAGUGUGAACGAUCCUUUUACGGGAGACAACAAAAACCAAGUGGAAGGCAGAGUAGGAGACCGAGUAGAAGGUCAAUAUUCCCUUGAUGAACCUGACGGCACCCGUCGCAUAGUAGACUACACUGCUGAUGAUGCCAACGGAUUCCAAGCUACAGUCAGAAAAACUCCACAAGUAAAAACCGCUCUUAUCACACCAGCCAUUCAGGUCAAGACAGCGGCAGUACCUGUUGUGUCCUCUGAGGUGUCCUUGUCUGGUGACUCAGUAAUAACAAAUUCUGCUUUACCAGUUGUCGAUGCUAAAGUAACCAACGUAGUAGCCCCUGCAGUUUCAUCUGUCUCCACAGCAGAGCAUCUAUCUUCUCUAGCCAAAGUAUCUUCCGUAUCGACUGUGCAGCACAUCGCCCCUGUAGCUAAAGUAGCUCACGUAGAAACUCCAGUUGCUCACGUAUCCUACGUUACUCCUUUGUCUGUAGCCCAUGUUGCUGAAGUAGCCAAAAUUCGCACCGUAGCCCCAGUUACAUUAACCAAGAUAAUUCCACAGACUAGGAUAACCGAACACUCCCAAAGCAUUGUACAUGGAGCAGCCCAACACUCCCAAAGCAUUGUACAUGGAGCUGCCCUCUCACCUUACACUACAAAUUGUAUUGAAGCUAAGGUAGCUCACGUAGAAACCCCAGUUGCCCACGUAUCUCAUGUAACUGCUUUACCCGUCGCCCAUGUCCCCGAAGUAGCCAAUGUUCGCACUGUAGUCCCGGCUACAUUAACGAAAAUAUUCCCAGAGACUAGAAUAACCGAACAUUCCCAAAGCACUGUACAUGGAGCUUCCCUCUCACAUCACAGACUAGCUACAUAUUCAGUUCCAGUUAGGCCUCAUUACACCUACUCAGUUCCAUACAGCUACGAUUUCGCUCCAACUUACUACAAUGCAUACCCAUACAGUUACUAUGAAUAUUAAAUAAUUCAAUUUUUUUAGAUUAACUAAAUAAUAGUGAGAUUCGUUUUUGAAUCAAUGUUCAAUAAUUUUGUUCUUUGUACAUUUGCCUAAAAUAAAUAACAAAUAAAUAAUUAGAUAAG